AUGGCACCUGCAGAUGCCCAGCCAUGGCAUCCGAACGUUCGGUCGGUCUGGUCUAUCAUCAUUUUGGCCAUCGCGAUUCUAUCUGGCCUCUAUUUCAACGAUCAGAUCCCUUUGAUCCACGGAUUUGGGCGAUCGUAUCAGGCUAAGAAACAUCCCCUUCGGUGGAGAUGCUCGCAAAUCACCCACCCCUUUAUGGAAGGGUGCGAACACAUUUGGCUCGAUCAUGCCGGGCGCAACUUAUACGGCGCGUGUACUAAUGCAAGUUCGUCCGAAGACUGGAAUCCCAGUGGCCGACCAGAUGGUGCCUGGGCGAAAUCACGCAGAGAUCACCUUGCCGUCUUAGCGAUUGAUCCUUCGGGGCAAGCCAAUGAGUACCAAGUACAAAAGUUAGAAAUAAGAGACAAGUCUCAUAAAGAUAUUAAUUUACAUGGCUUUGAUGCUCGCUACGUGAAUGGUCGCCUGCGAUUCUGGGUUGCAAACCAUUUGCCAGCGAUGGAUACAGCAACGGGAAAAGUUCUCGAUGUACAGACACACUCUUCCAUCGAGAUCUUCGACCUCGAUCCAACCUCAAACGAACUCAUGCACGUGAAGUCUAUCGCGAGCAACGCGCUAGAUUCCCCCAACAGCGUGGCCGUGGAUUUAACGGGGGAGGAGUUUCUGGUGAUCAAUGGCUGUCGCACCAAGCUUGGUCCAUUCCGCGGGGGACCGUUUCAGUUUGGCAGUGAGAGCAUCGCCUAUUGCCGAACGGACAUCGGUAGCUGUGAGACUAUUGCUCUGGAGGGCGUUGAAAGGGCAAAUAGCGUUGUUACAGGUCGAGAUGGGCUGUUUUAUGUGUCGAUGUCCUCGAUGGGAACGCUGGCUGUCUAUGAGAUUUCGAACGGCAAGCCUAAUCGCGCUGAUAUCCUAUCCUUGGACCACGCAUUGGAUCAUCUCUCCGUCGAUGCACGGGGAAACAUCAUUGUUACAGCCUUCAGCGAUGUUAUCGAACUACAGAAAGCCUCUAUGAACCCCCAAGCUUCGGUCGCAGCCGGCACUGUUCUGAUGCUCCAAAAGAAGGGUGGCCGAAGUGGAUCAUUUCAAGGACAGGAGUAUCUUCUCCAUACUGUUCUGGAAGACAGAGCCGGAAAACUGAUAUCUACAACACAAACUGCAGUACAUGAUGCACAGUCUGAUCGCUUAUUCCUCGCUGGCGUAUUUUCGCCAGGGGUUAGUAUCUGUGAAAAGCGAUAA